AUGGAGGAUUUUCAAGACUGCCUUGAUACUUGCCAUCUCUUUGAUCUAUCUGCUAGAGGCUGUUUCUACACAUGGGACAACAAAUCUAUCAUCAAUCCAAAGGCUAGGAAGCUGGACAGGGCCGUAAUUAAUGAGAAUUGGCAGGAUACCUUUCCAAACUCCAACGCUCUUUUUGAUGCACCAGGUAGUUCGGACCAUUCCCCCUGUCUGGUAUCUCUUUCAAAUGAAGCUCUUAGACGGAAGACGAGAUUCAAUUUCUUCGUUUUCUUUACUCUCCACCCGAAUUAUAGGAGUUUGAUGGAAGAGGCUUGGGGUUCAGUAAGUGUCUCAGGAGGAGCUCUCUUCAUGCUAUAUAAGAGGUUACAAGCAGCAAAGGUUUGUUGUAAAAGCUUAAAUCGAUCUGAGUUUAGCAACAUACAGGCCAGAUCAAAAGAAGCUUUUGAGAAAUUGGAAGCCAUACAGCGAGAACUCCUCACAGAACCUUCCCUCCCUUUAUUUCAACAGGAAGCAGAAGCUAGAAAAUCUUGGGUUUUGUUGUCCUCUGCUGAAGAAUCCUUUUUCAAGCAAAAGUCAAGAGUGAGAUGGUUAAAGGAAGGAGACUCUAAUACGGGUUUCUUUCACAGGUCAGUUAAGGCAAACCUAUCAAGAAAUAUUAUCCAUCAUUUGAGGGAUAGCAAUGGAGUCAAGGUAACAAAUACUGAUCAGCUAAAGUCUAUGGCUGUACAGUAUUAUCGGAAUCUUUUGGGAACUCCAAAUUCAGAGGUCCAGCCCUUUUCAAAGGAUCAAAUUCAAGACAUCCACUCCUUCCGAUGUGGAGAAUCAAUGGCUCAACUUUUAUCUGCUAUACCCACAGAUGACGAAAUUACUAAGGUCUUCUCCAGUUUACCACGAAAUAAGGCUCCAGGGCCUGAUGGUUUCACCAUGGAAUUCUUUGCUUCUUCUUGGGAUUUAGUGGGAAGUGACUUGGUGGCUGCUGUGAAGGAGUUUUUCACAAGCUCAGUCAUGUUAAGGCAUGUUAAUGCUACUGUCAUUUCGCUGAUACCGAAAGUUCCAGGAGCUGAGACCUUGAGUAACUUCAGGCCGAUCUCACUCUGUAAUACAGUGUAUAAGGUGAUAUCCCGGAUUCUCUCGUCGAGACUCAAAAUAUUGACGCCAGAAGUUGUCCAGAGGAACCAAGUAGGUUUUGUCAAUGGAAGGUUGCUUUGCGAAAAUGUGCUUUUAGCUUCUGAGCUAGUAAGGGAUUUUAAUAGAAUUGGUGUUACUACGCGAGGUUGCCUGCAAAUUGAUAUUUCCAAGACGUACGAUAAUGUGGAUUGGCGAUUUGUAUUGACAAUCUUGGAGGCUCUCCAACUUCCCUCAAUUUUUAUCAAGUGGAUUAAUCUCUGUAUCUCUUCCCCUUAUUACUCAGUCUCGGUGAAUGGUGAAUUGGCAGGAUUUUUCAAAGGGAUGAAGGGAUUAAGGCAGGGGGAUCCCAUAUCCUCCUCUUUAUUCGUUUUAUCAAUGGAUAUUUUAUCAAAGCUCUUGGACAAAGCAGUGUUAAGUGGAAAUCUUCGGCCUCAUCCGUUCUGUGUGGAUCCUCUCAUUACACAUCUCAGCUUCACUGAUGACGUGCUAAUUUUCUUUGAUGGCUCUGAAGAUUCGUUAAGAGGCAUUCUCAAGGUGCUUAAGGAUUUUGAAGGCACUUCGGGCUUGGCCUUGAGUCUCCAAAAGUCCUGCUUAUUUCUGGAUGGUAACAAUCAGGAACUUACUCGACAUCUGGCUUCUACUUUUGGGUUGGUUCACGGAGCAUUACCGGUUCGGUAUUUGGGUCUUCCCCUAUUGCCUCACAAACUAAGACCUCUUGAUUACCAACCCCUUAUCGACAGAGUACGAUCCAGAAUCUGCUCCUGGACCGCGAGACAGCUUUCUUUUGCCGGUAGACUGCAACUGAUUCAAUCAGUAAUUUAUAGUAUGAUAAAUUUCUGGUCGGCUGUGUUUCCUCUACCCAAGAAGUGUUUGGAUCAGCUGGAAAGGAUGUGUAAUGCAUUCCUUUGGAAUGGAACUCCAGAUUCAGCUAGAGGAGCGAGAGUUUCAUGGAGUUCAGUUUGUUCUCCAAAAAGUUCAGGAGGUCUCGGAUUACGAAGACUGGAGGAGAUGAAUCAAGUCUUCGGGUUGAAAUUGAUCUGGAUGUUGUUUUCAUCGAAUGGAUCACUUUGGGUGGCUUGGGUUCAUAAGUAUGUGAUCAAAGACAGACUUUUCUGGUGUCCAUCCCUUCGAGUGACGGGAAGUUGGAUUUGGAAGAAAAUUUUGAAGUUGCGGGAUGUUGCUCGACCUCAUUUACUCUGUCAGGUCAACUCAGGGGACACGGCUCUCUUUUUUCACGAUGAUUGGUCGGGUCUCGGUCCCUUAAUAGACCUGACAGGUGCAAAUGGACCUCGAGUUACUGGUAUCCAACGAAUGGCUACUGUGAGUCAGGCGUGCCGGUUUUCAACUUGGUCUCUUUCUAGGGGAAGGCACCCCAUUCUCUGUCUCUUGAGAGAUUGUCUUCCCACAGAAUUGCCAUCUUCUUUAAAUGGGAACAGGGAUGUUUUCAUAUGGAAAAAUUCACCGGAUUCAAAUCCUGGAGAAUUUUCUUCGUCCAAAACGUGGGACUUCCUUCAUCCGGUAGGCCCCUCUCUCUCUUGGACCAAACCUCUCUGGUUCAAGGAAAGGAUCCCUAAGCAUACGUUCAUUAUGUGGAUAGUUAUGAGGGAUCGUCUUAUUACUCGAGAUAAAAUUAGAUCAUGGGGUCUAAAUGUUCCCUCGGAGUGUCUUCUUUGUGAUUCUUUGCCGGAAACCAAAUCUCAUAUUCUUAUGGAAUGUGUCUAUUCAAAAGGAGUUUGGUAUGCUCUUUUUCAAAACAGCGGUUUCACCUUGCCGAUUUCUAUAGAGGAAGUGCUUCAGUGUGCUAAUACGCUUCCCUCACAAAGGAAGAUGAAAAUAAUUUGCUUACUUCUAGUGCAGGCGAUUGUCUACAGGAGAGAGCGUAAUGCUAGGCUACAUUCUCCAAAUUUCAAACCCAUUCAUGUUUUGGUUAAGGAAAUCCAGCUCCUCUUGAGAGCGAAACUCUUUAGUCUGGAUCGUUCCUCCUCUUUGGUGGUCACUAAUGCAUCUUCUCGUCCUGCUAGCCGUGAGGAUUCAUUUUUGUCCAUUUGGUUCCGCCUGUUUCAGGUUUAG